AUGCGACUACGCAAAGCACGACGAUCAGCACCACCACUUUCCAGUGUUCACUUACAGAUAACAGAUGAAGACCGGAUGGACAUUGCCAACCAGGGCCUGACGCAGCGCGACCUCUCAAGGUUUUCAGACCGGGUAAACGAGCUACUUGAUGGUCUCAUGCCGAUCGAUUGGAAAAAAGCAAUGGGCCAGACGACACAGACGACAGGAGUCACGAGGGGUAGCAAGAUCGAGAAGAGCCAGGCACUAGCGGCGCAGGCGAUGGAGAUGGUGAAGAAGCUGGAGUACGCACAGACCUUGACAAGAACGCUGAGGAAUCGAAACAACCUGAAGCUCAUGUGGGAAGAUCCAGAGGCGACGGUAGGGGAGAGGACGGUACUAGCGGACGAGUUUAGGGAGACCAUGAGGACGGACGACGAGUCGGGCGAUUCCUGUAUCGGCAUUGACCUGUUUGCACCAUACACGACAGCUCCCUUUGUGGACCGGCUCCUGGAUACGCUAGAUCAGUCAGCUGCGGCGUUCUCGGGCGUGACCCUCGCGCGACCCAAACCAAAAGGCAAGUUCAAGAGCAUGUUCACUCGGUCUAAAAUGACCGAGCGGACCGGUCAGCCUUUGGAAUGGCUGGAUGACUGCUGUAAGCGCAUACACGGCAUCACCAAUCAGAUCCAAGAGACCCGAGACGAGGUGAUGAAGGGGACUGAGGGUGGCGGGCUGGUAACAGAAGACUUUGAGGAUGAGGGUUAUGUCUCAGGAGAUGAGGAUCCUAGCGAGGACAGUCGAAAACUCGUCGCCAGCCCAGGCACCGGUCAAGACCCCCCUCUACAUCGUCCCCUUCCCGCUCCUCCCGACCAUCACGGCGCCGGUCUCGCUCCUCCCACUCAUCUCGGGCACCUUACCCUUCCACACGCGAGCCAGCCAGUCAGAGCGAGAUGCCGGGGAGCUGGCCCUCUGAGGUCGACCUCGACAGUGCUCGAUCUCGCUCCAGGGGACAGCCGACGCGGGGCGGUCGAUCUCGCUCUCGCUCUCGCAAAUCCAGUGACCGCCGAAGACACUACCCAUCCGAAUUCGAUCAUUCCCGCUCUCGGCAGUACUCCGACUAUCCCCAGUCCCACACGCGCUCCACUAGUCGACCGUCCAGAUCACCCUCAUCAUUACACCCCUCCGAACGGCGCCGCGCCUACUCUUCCCAACCUUCAUCACGCCAUCCCCGUGAUCGAUAGCUAUCAUCCAGCAACGACUUAUCGUACUCCUGUAUAUAGCUCGCCCGUAUAG